AUGGCCGAACACGUCGAAAUAUCUCCGAACUCCUCUCCUUCUCGCGCGCCGUCCCUCGACAAGUCCCAAACGGCCUCGCGCAAGGUCUCCCCGACCGAAACCCCCCUCCCCUCGCCGCCCGACUCCCUCCAACGCGCUCGUACUGCCGCUGUUGCUCUCCCGCAAGUCCUGGCUGAAGUCUUGGGUGAACUUGAAGUUGGACCUCGUGACGAAGAUUUUUACAAGACUUUCCCACUUAGCUGGGAAGAUUUCAAGAGUACUCGUGAGGCAAUCGAAGCGACGUUUCGUCGAUUCGAUUACGACCCAUUCAAGGGCAAGAUCACCAUCCAAAUGCCCUCUCCGGUCCACGAUAGUUUCGCGGGAUCGUUCAACACGGCCAUAGGCGAAAAGUUCUUUCAUCUCAAGGUUGGCGAUACAGACACAGCCAAGUUUGUCGCAAACAUCAGAUCGAUGCUGACUACAGACAUCCUGCUAAACAACCAAGGACAAGCCUCCAAUCCGGGUGAAGAGGUCGACAAGAAAAGGAAGAAGUCACCAGACCUCCAGUACCGUCAUCUCCAAUCGAAGCACCCUGGCGUCGUUAUCGAAGUCGCCCACAGUCAGCAAGCCAAACAGCUAAAAAAGCUUGCCAAGGACUACAUCGCGGGAAGAAAAGGCGGGAUCAAGGUUGUCAUUGGCUUUGAUAUCAAUAAGAAUAAGGAGUCGACCGUCUCACCUUUUCGCGAUGCCUGCCAACAGCCACUGAACUCCGACCAUAAGCUUGUCCUCACCCUGCACGACCUAGCCGCUAAGAAGGACCUUCUCGCCAAUGUCGAGGACCUGCCAAUCGCAAUCCGAUAUGACGAACUCUGUGGCUUUGUGAACGAGAUGGAGAAGCUUCACAAAGAGAUUAUUCAGUAUGCGGAAGAAAGCGGCAGCGACUCUAUUGAAGUCCGGCUUUCUAGCUCCAGCUCCAUUGAGAAAUUGUCUACCGAUGAUGAGCACGAAGAGGCCCAGAAGAAAACCACCAAGAACGACACCUCGUUCUCCCGUUCUGUCGGGAAAGACAUCAAGGACCGCCCGAAUGUCGCGACACGUUCGGCGUCGAAGCGACGCGCGCCCACCAACACUGGCGAGAACCUCCCUGUCCCAAAACGCCGCCGAGGAAGAAAGUAA